AAUACAAUCAAGCAAGCCUAGUGGGGGUCACAUUGGGAGGGUAAUAUGUAGGGGAGUUGUUGGGCAUUCUCGGCCAUUGCUGCAGUGGAAGGCAUAAACCAGAUUGUGACUGGGGAUUUGAUCUCAUUAUCAGAGCAGGAGCUUGUGGACUGCGACACUUCAUACAACGAAGGGUGUAAUGGCGGCCUGAUGGACUACGCCUUUGAGUUCAUAAUUAAGAAUGGUGGCAUUGAUACCGAGGCUGAUUAUCCCUACACUGGUUUUGACGGAAGAUGCGACCAAACAAGGAAAAAUGCGAAUGUGGUUUCGAUCGAUGGGUAUGUGGAUGUUACUCCUUACAACGAGAAGGCACUACAAGAGGCAGUGGCGCGGCAACCAGUUAGUGUCGCCAUUGAAGCUGGAGGCCGUGACUUCCAGCUCUAUUCUUCGGGCAUAUUCACUGGAUCUUGUGGGACAGAUGUGGACCACGGUGUGACUGUUGUUGGAUAUGGUGCCGAAAAUGGUGUUGAAUAUUGGAUAGUUAAGAACUCGUGGGGCGCAUUCUGGGGAGAAAGUGGCUAUCUGAGGAUGCAACGUAAUGUGAAGGACUCAAACGGUUUAUGUGGUAUCGCGAUAGAACCUUCCUACCCUACAAAGAAUGGGGCAAAUCCUCCAAACCCUGGUCCCUCCCCUCCGUCCCCUGUUCAACCCCCUAACCUAUGUGAUGAAUACACCGAGUGCUCAUCUGGCACAACUUGCUGCUGCGUCUUUCCAUUUGGUAACUACUGCUUUGCUUGGGGAUGCUGUCCUCUAGAGAGUGCCACUUGUUGCGAGGACCACUACAGUUGCUGCCCUCACGACUACCCCAUAUGCCAUGUUAGACAAGGCACCUGCUCAAUGAGCAAAGAUAACCCGCUUGGAGUGAAGGCGAUGAGACGCACCCCUGCAAAGCGGAUUAGAAACAACAGAAUGAAAACGGCGAGUUCUUGAAUACUCCCUCCCUGUCUUGGGAGUUUCAAGAGGGUGGAAUGAACAAGGCGAAGGCAGGACAGGGGAAGGGAUUUUACUCUUAAGUCCCUAUCUUGAUGCACUGAAUCCCAGAGAUCAUUCCAUAGCUUGAAGAACUCGUACGCGAGGGGCUCCAUUGAUGGCGAUCAUCAUCAUCAUCAUUAUCAUUGUAUAUAUGCUGCUGUUAUAUAUCCCUGGCAUUAUAUUUUAAAAGACAGAACUCUGAAUGGGCAGGUCAUUGUUUGGUAGUCGUCUGAUUACUAUGAUGCACUGCCGCUACAUAAAUAUGUUAGUGUAUUGUUCCGGCAUCCAAACGCUGCUGCUUGUACUUUGUAUGUAUACUAACAAUAAUGCAUGUACUAUAAUAAUUUCAAGAACCUGUGUCACUAUCUUAAUUAUCUUUUGCCUUUUUAAGGCGUUCACUCACACCACUA